CCAGGUAUGUGCCCUUGACUGGAAUAGAAUCCUCAACCCUCUGGUGCGCAGGCUAAUGCUCUACCACUGAGCCACACCGGCCAGGACUGCAUCUUCUUGUUUUUGAGAAACACAGAUUUGAGGAGUCAGUGACCUCCGCUCUUUUAGUUUGCAGUGUUGUGAUUUGCUUUUCCUCCAUGGCAGAAGAUAGGGAUAGGAUUGGAGCCUCGUACAUGCCCUUCUAUUUACUGGCCCUUUUGCCUUGAGCAAGUCACUUACUUGGCUUUUUCAGACCUAUUUCCUCAUCGGUAAAUGCAUCUAUUGUAGGAUUGAGUAAGCUAAUACUGUAUUAUGAUAUUUUGCAUGACACUUAAGCAGAAUGGCAAGUAUUUCAUUGUCAGUCCAGGAUGAUGAAGGAAAUGGGUGUGUGCCUACUUAACAGCUUCUGCUUGUAAUUACAGGGCACCUUUGGCUCUUCCGCGAUGCUGGGACAUAUGAUGGGCUUCUGGUUAACCAAACGGAACUAUUUGUGCCAUCUCUCAAUGUUGAUGGACAGCCGAUUUUUGCCAACAUCACACUACCAGUGUAUACCCUAAAAGAGCGAUGCCUGCAGGUUGUCCGAAGCCUAGUCAAGCCUGAGAAUUACAGGAGACUGGACAUUGUGAGGUCACUCUACGAAGACCUGGAAGACCACCCAAAUGUGAAGAAAGACCUGGAGCGGCUGACACAGGAGCAUAUUGAAAACCAGCGGAUGGGAGAGGAGACUGAAGAUUUUAACUGAAAUUUGCACUCCUAAGUCUCAGCCGUUGAUGGAACGGGCUAGUCGUAAUCUAGAUACAGGACUGGUCACUUAUGCUCAGUGUCAAGGUCUCAUUCUUAGAGUAAAAAAUGCUCCAUUGCUUAAAAGAAAGUUAUCUGACUUCACUAGGUAUUGUGCUGUUUAGGGGCCAAUAUCACAAAAUGUAAUGUCUGCCCUUUAGAAGUGUUUAUGAAGGGAAAGUAGUUGCCUCCUUGGAAGUCAGGAAAGUGUAAGUAAUUCAGUGAGAAUUGUAGCAUAUUCUUUGAUUGUAAGAAAGCAGUGGUGUCUGCUUUUAAUUGCUGUGUUGUGGUUGGUGAUAAGUUUGCCUCCUGCUUUGAGAAGACUGAGAUGUCCUUGAGGUAGGGACAAAUCUGUCUGCUCUUGGAGACCCCAGUGCCUCUCACAUUAUGAGCCUUCAUCAGUGUUUGUUGAAUGAACAAACCAGUGGAUAUUUUGGUAGAAAGUAUUUGGAAGGUUUGCCCUUUUUUGCAGGGGGAAAAUAGGGGACCUUAAAGUGUGUACAGUAAAUAAAUGUUUUAAAGGGAAUCAUUUUUAUAGAAAGCACUUUUUAUAAUUUUAUAAAUUUUGUGCUUUUUUUCUGUUCACUAUUGUUCCAGUGCUGUUUUAUUACUGUUUCUAAACCAGGAUUAGCUUUUUACAGUUACUGUGAUGCUAGCUCUUUUGAAACUUGACAUCUACCCAGAGAUAGGAGAAAAGAGCUGUCCUCUUGUUUAAUAUGAAGGAGAUACUACCAUACUGUAAAUAGGUUUCUGGCAAGUGUGGGUAUUUCUGUUUCUUUUUGUAAAUCCAUGACAUUUCUGUUUGGUUCAACAUUUUCCAUCCGGCAGGAUAUGGUGACACUUAGCACCUGGCUGGAGGAGAGGACAAAGCCCUCGCAGCUCUGGGAAGUUACUGCUCACACACAGUGGAUUCAAAGAGUAGCCUGGAAUGUUUUAUAUUUUAUACUUUCUUAUAGGCUGGACUUAAAUUCAUUCAGUACUUCUAUCAGGCUUCCUUUUGUGUAACAGUUUUAAAAAAAAUCAGUAGAUAAAUUUUUGGAAAAGACAGAAAAGUAAAAGGAAGAAAAAGGUCACUACAGAUAAACUACUUAAACACAAUCACUAACUUAACAUUUUGAAUUUUCAGCCCCUUUUAGGGCAACUUUUGGUUAGUUUGUUUUUACAUAGUUGAGGUUAUAUUGUACAUACAAUUUUAUAUUCUUUCUCAUUUAACUUAAAUAUCUUCUAUGGCAUCUUUAUAAGCUCUCCAUAGACAUUAGUGCAAUCUUUGUCUUGUAAAAUAAUGUUGGGAAAUUUCUUUAGUUUCUGUGCUAACCUUUGAGCACAAUUCCUGUGCUCCGCAGAAUGAAGUGAAUGAAACAAACACCCCGAAGUUCUCUCACUAUACGUUGUUUCACCCAGUCUGGUUCCCCGCUUCAACAUUCAGCAAAAUAGUUGGCUUUUAGGCCGCUCUGAGAGAAAAGAGCCUGUUGUAGCACUCAUUCAGUGAAAUAGCUAUAAAUAUCUAAUUUUUUAGGUAGGGAAAAAGGAAUGCUAGUACAGAAGGUCGCAAUGUGAGUUCCAUAGUUGGAUAGGAUGGGGAUUUAAGGAAGUCUGCUGGUGCUGGAUUAGUUCAGUGUUGGUGUUAUUUUAUUUUUAACCUGUCUGUGUCAAAAUGAGAUUUCAUGUUCCAGUUGUUAAAACAUGCAAUUUUAGUACUGUGUUUUUUGUGUUGUCCAAGGAAGAUUGAAAAUCUGUAGCAUGAAUAAUAUGUUUUUUGUUUGAAGUCUUAUGAAUGUAUUAAAUGUAUUAAAAGACUGUGCUGUUUCCUAUUUUGAGUUUAAAAAAACUUUAAUUCAUUAAAUGGUGCUGAGUAAAGGAAAUAGGAAGGGUGUGCUUAGUGUUAUUUUAACUAGGCUCUUCUCUCUUGGAGAGGCCUAAAAGCCAGUUUUUUUUUUAAAGGCUUAAGGUGGGGAGGGAGUAGCAGACACAAGCAGCUCACUUCAUUCUCAGUUCCUUCUCUUUCCAACACUGUUGUUUUUUUUUAAAACCAUUGUUUCUUUUAACUUUAUUUUUCUCAUAAAUAUGAUAUAUCACUAAAAAUGUUAAGCACUACUAAAAACUAUUAAGAAAUAUACUUACGUUGGAACAAAGUUUUUUGUAGGUUUUUUGUUGUUGUUGUUUUUUUCAUGAAAACAGAACCAACCGUAACAGAUUCCUCACUGAAGAAGAUACACAGCUCUGGCCGGGUAGCUCAGUUGGUUGUGUCCUGAUAAGCCACGGUUGAAGAUUACAUCCCUGGUCAGCUCCGGUCCAGCCGCCUGCCGGCGCCGCGCCCCACAUCGCCGCUGGAGGGCAGUGGUGUCCAGCGCUGGCUCCGCCCACCCCCGGGAGGCGGGGCGAGGUGGGACGCCCAGCCCCGGAGUAAAGAAGCCGAGUGCCUCGGCGUUGCGUUCAGUCUCCCGGGAGCUCUCCGCCGGCACUUUCGGUCCCGCCAUGUCCUGCUACAUCUACCAGCUGCCCUCCUGGGUGCUGGACGACUUGUGCCGCAACAUGGACACGCUCAGCGAGUGGGACUGGAAUCAUUUCGCCUCCUAUGUGAUCACGGACCUGACCCAGCUGCGGAAGAUCAAGUCCAUGGAGCGGGUGCAGGGCGUGAGCAUUACCCGGGAGCUGCUGUGGUGGUGGGGGAUGCGUCAGGCCACCGUCCAACAGCUGCUGGACCUCCUGUGCCACCUGGAGCUGUACCGUGCCGCCCAGAUCAUCCUGAACUGGAAACCAGUUCCUGAAAUCAGGCCUUCUGUCCCAGACUUCCCGGGUGCCGAGAAGCCAGGAAGGCCCUGGGCAGCUUUGGUAAGAAACACGGAGGAUGAACAGAAAAGGGGGCAGCCUGUGAGGCCAGCUGCCCUUCCCGACCCAGGGCCUGCUCCAGCCAGAGCCAGCCUCCUGCCUCCUCCUGAAGAUGCCCCUCCCUCCUUAAACACUGACCUUCCUGCUUCAUCUGAUUCAAAGGAUGUCAGCACCUCCAUUCCUAAGCAAGAAACCCUUCUGAGCCUGGCUGUAGACAGCCUUUUCUGGAAUGAGGUGGAUGUGGUUCAGGCAACCGAUAAUUUCAACCAAACCCACAAAAUCAGUGAGGGGACCUUUGCUGACAUCUAUAGAGGACAAAGGCAGGGCAUACCAUUCGUCUUUAAGAAGCUCCGAGAGAUGGCCUGCUCAGGUCCAGGAUCAAUUGAAAAUUUCUUCCAAGCAGAGAUACGAAUUUGUCAUAGAUGCUGCCACCCCAAUGUCUUACCUCUGCUGGGCGUCUGCACUGGAAAACAGUUUUACAGCUUGAUCUACCCCUACAUGGCAAAUGGUUCUUUACAAGACAGACUCCGGUGCCAGGGUGACUCAGACCCCCUCCUCUGGCCCCAGCGCAUCAGCAUCGUCUCAGGGCUGCUUCGUGCCGUGGAGCACCUUCACAGCCUGGAGAUCAUCCACAGCAACAUCAAGAGCUCCAAUGUUUUGCUAGAUCAAAACUUCACUCCCAUGCUGGCUCAUCCAAAGUCUCACCUGUGUCCUGACAAUAAAAGGUCAAAAUAUACCAGGAUGAAGACCCAUCUUUUCCAGGCCUCAGCUGCAUAUCUGCCAGAAGAUUUCAUUAAAGUGGGGCAGUUGACAAAGCGAGUGGACAUCUUUAGCUGUGGAAUAGUGUUAGCUGAGGUCCUCACUGGCAUCCCUGCGAUGGAUCACGACCGAAGCCCAGUUUACCUGAAGGAUUUACUCCUCCAUGAAAUUCCAAGUAGCACCAGGAAGACAGGCGUGGAGAAAGUGAUGGCUAAGGAGAUCUGCCAGAAAUACCUGGAGAAGAGAGCAGGGGUUCUGCCGGAAGACUGUGCGGAGGCUUUGGCCAUGGCCGUCUGCCUCUGCCUGCGGAGGCGGAAUGCCAGCCUGGCAGAGGUGUGUGGCGCUGUGGUUGCUGUGGAAGAACGGCUUCCUUGGUGUGGGCUUUCUGAGAGCACAGGCUCUUCCUCCAACAUCCCAGAAGAAACGGACGAUGUAGACAAUUCUAGCCUCGAUGCCUCCUCCUCCUUGAGGACAGCAACCUGGUCUGGGGUUUCUGCUUCGCCUGCCCCCACAGAGGACGGAGAAGGCAGGAUGCAGGCCAGCGGGGGAAUGCAGGCUGACUCCUCCUCUGAGGCCUGUACCAGUCCAGAGCCUCCCCAGGAUGAGACUUCGUGGAAAAUCGAGAUCAACGAGGCCAAAAGGAAGCUGAUGGAGAAUAUCCUGCUCUACAAAGAGGAGAAGCUGGACAGCAUCGUGCUUUUUGGCCCCUGAUCACCAGAACACAGCUGAGGACCUUGUCCUCUAUUGGAAAGACAACUGUCAAAUCAAGAAAAAGAUUUGGGGCAAAAUCCAAGGUCUCCCAGGAACUACAAACCAAAUAUCAGCCUACCUGGGGGAAAGGGAAACUUCCAAUUUCCAGAGUAAGUGUAGGGAGAAGGGACCUCAGCUUUUAGAGAAAGCAAAAUCCAUGAAGUCCUCUUCCGUUCUGGGAUUUGUUAGUCAGAGCUGGGUAUCAUCAGGAGAUGGAAGCGGAAACCCUGGUACAUGGGCCCAGGAUGUGGGCAGGUUCGUGGUUCAGGGGAGGAUGUGACAUUAAGCGCCCCAGCAGAUGCCGUUACCCUGUUCUCAUUCCUCAACAACUGACAGAGCGUUCUGAAUGCUGACGGCACUUUCCAAAGUUAAAAUCUCUGGGUCAUAUUUGCCAACAACCGCCUGCAAACCUCUGUGACCUGAAAGAUUUUCACCUUGGGUCCCAAUGCAGUUCUUGACGCACGUCUCAAGGUCUCAAGUUUUACAAAGGCCAGACACCUGGCAAAGGGCUCUGUAGGCUUUCUGCUUUCUUUUUUGGAAAUCUUGCAACCCACAUAUAUUUAUUUAAUGUCUGACUACACCUUUAUCCUCCCAUCCCACUAAUGCUAAUAUUUCUGAUGGAGCUUUUAUUUUGAGAAUAUAUGUUAUUUAUAGCUGGAUGAAAAAUCAGAAGAACUGGUUUCAUUCUGAUUCUGCUGCUAAUUAAGUUAAUCAUGUAAUUUCUGGAACCUCAGUGUCCUUGUAAGUAAUACCUGUUCAUUCUCCCUCCUUGGGCUGUUGGGAAGAAUAGGUGAGACAUAGCUAUAGAAGUACUUUGAAAAUGCACUUGUCCUGUUUUAUAAAAUAAAGAAAUAAAAAGACAUUAAACAUCUGUUUCUGCCAUGUACCUAAUGUUUAUGCAGUGGGUAUAUUACUGAAAAGUCAUGUUGCAGAGUUUUUGGUGAAACAAAUGUUCUUUUAUAUUCAGUGUGCCCUAUUUGAAAUAGUCCUACUAUAGUGAUAUUUUCCCUUUUAUUUUUAUAAAAUAAAUAUACAUUGAUAAAGUCAA